CUUUUUGGGUACUACAAAAUUGAUUCUAACACGGGUGAUGCUGUUCGUGUCGAUCGCGGUUGCAAACUCAUAGAAGGAGCCGAAUAUGACGUGCAAAUUCUGUCAAAACGCUACGAACAUCCAUCUGUUAAUGGUAGAUUUGUUCGCAAGAUAUACACUGGUAGAAGUCCAUCAAACAGCAGAAUUUAUGAAAAUUGCAUGAUGCUCGCUGUAAGAAUCCCUGAAGGAGCGGAACGCCAACGCCUUAUUAAUCAGAUGUAUGCGGGUGACACAGCACCUCCACUUCUUUCAGAAAGUGCUCCAUCUGCAAAACGUUUUCGUGGAGAUGCCGCAGAAGCAGGAUCAUCAACUGAGAGCGCCCAGGCCUUAUUGUAUAGGACCGAAUGUGAGCUACAGACGCGGCAAGCAAGUAUAUUGGAUCGAUUUGAAGCAUUCAUGGAUAGACUGGAAAGAAUCAGUAUGUGUCUUCCGCAACUCCAAGAGCCUGUUCAGCAAGUAUGGUUAGAUGAAUCCGCGCACGACGAUGAAGUAGCCCACGAAGAGGAAAUCAUUUUGGAUGGCACCUACAAUGAAGAUUUCGUAUCUCAUCUUCCUUGA